AUGCAUUCCACCCAGUCCACCCGAAUUCAUAGGUUGAUCGAUCGAACGAUUUCUUUCUUUCGUCGUAUUGGCAUUUGGCAUGGAGAAGUCACUCCUACAAUGGGUCAACUAAUACUGAAGUUAUUCUAUAGCAUCUAUCACAUGUUUUUUUUCACGUCAUUGUAUGUUGGAGCGAUUACAAGCGAUACGACAGAUGAAAGUAUAUUCUUAGCGGAAACAGCAAUUGUUACUACAGUUUUAACUAUAAAAAUUUGGAUGUUGAUUUGGAAGCAGAGGAAAAUUAUGCGUUUGUUUAAUCGAAUUUGCAUCUUUUCAAUACGAAAUGAAGAAGAAUUCGAAUUUUUCAAUGAAAAAGUAGAGAAUUUCAUCAAAUUUGUGAUUAUAUUCGCAUGUGCUGCGGUCUUUGCUUCUUUCGGAAAUGCGAUUUUCCCAUUUAUUGGAAAAGAGAAGACACUUAUUGUAGACAUUGCAUUUCCAUUGGAUUACAAAAAUAGCGAAAUUGGGUUUUGGAUGGCGUACAUUUUCUUCGUUUCCGAAAAUGUUCUCACUCUUUUGGCAAUGACGUUAUCCAUUGUAAUUUGGUAUCUAUUGCUGCAUUGCUCUUUGAGAUAUAAAAUUCUAGGAAUGGAAAUCAGAAACAUGGGACGAGUCACAGAUAACAGUAAAGUAAAAAUAUCUGUUAAAGAACAACAGGCCAUUUUUUAUCGGGACUUGGUGGCGUCGAUUGAAGCUCACCUUCAUUUGAGGGGACUAAUCGACGAACUCGAAUCAUUUUUAUCGAAAUUGUUUCUGCUAGAAUUUGCUACCAGAGGCCUCUGCAUCUGCGGUUCGAUUUAUUGCUUGGCGUUCGAUAUUAGCGACAACUUUGUGGAGCGCAUAGUUCACGUCUACACGUUUUUCUACAACACUGCUGAAUUGUUUAUGAUAACGUACUUCGGGAAUGAGAUUAUGUUGUCAAGCGGUCGCCUUACAUACUGUUUGUUUGAAUCGGAAUGGAUCGGACAACCACGUUCGACCACGAAAUGCAUAAUCAUUUUUGGUGAAUAUUUGAGGCAAUCGGAUGUGAUGUUAAUCGGUAAAUUGUAUCCGUUAACUUUGGAAACAUUUACGAGGAUUUUGAAAUCGUCUUACAGCUUGUUCAACAUUCUAAAAAAUACUAAACAGUAA